AUGGGUAUUGAUUUGGUCGCCGGAGGUAAGAGCAAGAAGACCAAGCGGACUGCACCAAAAUCCAAUGAUAUAUACCUCAAGCUCCUCGUUAAGUUGUACCGGUUUUUGGUGAGGAGGACAGGAAGCAAGUUCAAUGCGGUGAUACUGAAGCGGUUGUUCAUGAGCAGGGUUAACAAAGCCCCCAUGUCGCUCUCCAAGCUCAUAGCACUCAUGAAGGGCAAGGAGGAUAAGAUUGCAGUCCUUGUUGGGACUGUUACUGAUGACGUUCGAGUGGACGAAGUCUCUGCACUGAAGGUUACUGCUUUGAGAUUCACUGAAACUGCGAGGGCCAGAAUUGAAAAGGCAGGUGGUGAAUGCUUGACCUUUGACCAGCUUGCACUUAAAGCACCUCUUGGGCAGAACACGGUUCUCUUGAGAGGUUCGCCCAAGGCUCGUGAAGCAGUGAAGCAUUUUGGCCCAGCUCCUGGUGUUCCACAUAGCCACACCAAGCCCUAUGUGAGAGCUAAGGGAAGGAAGUUUGAGAGGGCUAGAGGAAGAAGAAACAGCAGAGGUUUCAGGGUUUGA